GGAAACAUCAGGACCAGGGUGGUGCUCGACGUCGAGACGAAGAAGGGGUAUUGGUUGACGGUUUACGCCCAAGAUCACGGAGUGGUUCCGCAGAGCUCGAGUCUACAAGUCUACGUCGAGGUGCUGGACGAGAAUGAUAACACGCCGCUGACCGAACUCCCGGUUUACUAUCCCUCCGUGCCGGAGAAUUCACCCGCCGGCGUGAGCGUCCUGCAGAUCCGCGCCUUUGAUCGCGACGCCUCGCCCCAACGAUUCGUCUUCUCCAUCAGCAGCGGCAAUCCGGAGGGUUAUUUUCUCAUCAACUCCACCACCGGUCUCAUCACCACCAGCGGCAGGAAGCUCGACCGCGAGAAUCAAGCGGAACACGUAUUGGAGGUGACAGUAAGAGACGAUGGCAAGCCGCCUUUGUCGUCAACCACGAGGGUCGUCAUUGAGGUCGCGGACAUUAACGACCAUAGACCCGACUUCGAGCAAAAGUUCUACACGAUUCGAAUUCCAGCGUCGAUGGUGACCGACAAACCCCUCCUCCAGGUACUUGCGAAGGACAAAGAUAUCGGUGAGAACGGCAGAAUCCAGUACAGUAUCAAGAGUGGUCGAGGAAAGGGCAAGUUCAAGAUCCAUCCUACCACGGGUAUGGUGUACUCGCAGCGUGGACUCGACGUUGAUCAAGAAUAUGAGAUGUUGAUACGAGCAGCCGACCAUGGCGAACCCCAGCGUAGUCAUCAGACUCGAGUUUCCGUCGAAGUUGUAGAGGCACCGAAGAAAUCGGAACAUCCUCCUGUGUUUAAGACAAACAAUCAAAGCGUGGAAGUUACAGAAAGCGACGAGGUGGGCUUUUUCGUAACUCUCGUAGAAGCCACUGACAAGGACGGUGGUUCUUUGUGGUAUGAUAUUCUAGACGGAGACGACCGCGACGAGUUCUUCAUCGGCCGCGACAAAGGCAACGUGCUGCUGGCCAAGCGGCUGGAUUGGGAAACCCAGAACUUUUACAACCUCACUAUCGGCGUAACGGACGGCGUGCAUACCGCGCUGACGCAGCUGUUCGUUACCGUGAUCGACAUCAACGAUCACCGGCCGGAGUUCACCGAGAGCACGUAUCACGUCGACAUCUCGGAGAAUGUCGAGAGGGGCGAGAGAAUCCUGCAGUUGCACGCGACCGACGAGGACGAGGACAAGAAGGUCUUCUACAGUCUCCACGCGGCGCAAAGCCAAGCCUCCCUCGAGAUCUUCCACGUGGACUCGAUGCUCGGCUCGAUCACUCUGAACGAGCCGCUCGACCGCGAGACUAUCGAGGAGCACGUGCUGACGGUGAUGGUGAAGGAUCAAGGCACGCCCGCCAAGCGCAACUAUGCCCGCGUCAUCGUCACCGUGCACGAUCACAACGAUCACGCGCCGGAGUUCAUCAGCGAGAUCAUCCAGGGCAAAGUGUACGAGACCUCGCCGGUCGGCACGGCGGUGGUGCAGGUGUGCGCGAUCGAUCGGGACCGCGGCGAGAACGCGCGAAUCACCUACUCGAUCACGUCCGGCAACGUCGGCAAUGUGUUCGCGGUCGAUCCUGAUCUGGGUUUCAUCCGCGUUGCCCGCGAGCUCGACCUCGGCGUCACCUCGGAGUAUAUACUCCUCGUGAAGGCGACGGAUCACGGCUCGCCGGCGCUGUCGAACACGGUGCCGGUGCACGUGAUGGUUACGAUGGCCGAUAACGCGCCGCCGCGCUUCGUCCAGAAGGAGCUCUCCGCGGAGAUAUACGAGAAUCAACAGCUGGGUACGUACGUGAAGCACGUGGAGGCAAGGAGCACGUCGUCGCUGCAGUUCGAGAUCGUGCGCGGCAACCGCGACGACACCUUCUUCGUGAAUCCCAGCACCGGCGUGAUCGUUAUCAAGAAUCAGUUGGACUACGAGAAGACCAAGUUCUACAAUCUAUCGGUGUCGGCCACGAACAUGGCCGGCGCGUCCGCCGUCUGCAACAUCAUCGUCCACGUGCUCGACAGGAACGACAACGCGCCGCGCUUCCUGCAGGCGUUGUACAGCGGCGAGAUCAGCGAAGGUGCCAGCAUCGGCUCGCUCGUGCUGACCAACACGAGCGCGCCGUUGGUCAUCAAGGCCGAGGACGCUGAUUCCGAGCUGAACGCGCUGCUCAAUUACGACAUCGUCGAGGACCUGCCGCGGAAAUAUUUCCACAUCGACUCCAGCACAGGCGCCAUCAGGACGGUCAUGGUGCUCGAUCACGAAACUAUACCGAUGUUCUCGUUCCACGUGAAGGUCUCGGAUCUGGGCAAGCCGAAGCUCUCCUCUGAGACUACGGCCAAAGUGAUGAUCGCCGUGACGGACGUAAACGAUUGCCCGCCCAAGUUCUCCAAGACUGAUUACAACGUCACGCUCCUGUUGCCGACGUACAAGAACGUCGCCGUCAUUCAUGUGAACGCUGUGGAUCCUGACAGCUCUGAGGGAACUGCCUUGAGGUAUGACAUCAUCGACGGGAAUAAAGCUCACACCUUUGACAUAGACGCCCAGAGCGGUAUCAUUACCGUCCACAAUCCGGAACGUAUGAAGAAGAGCUAUCUCCUCCACGUGCGAGUGUCAGACGGCAAAUACUCGAGUGUGGCGCAGGUGAAUGUGAUCGUGGAGAAGUCGGAGAACUCCGGUUUGAUCUUUCAGAAGAACGUCUACGAGGGUGCCAUAUUGGAGAACUCCACGAAAAUUACGACCGUGAUGGUGGUGAAUGUCCUCGGCAGUUCCUUGAACGAGCACAUUGUCUUCAGCAUUCUUAAUCCGACCGACAUGUUCGUGAUCGGGUCGACCUCGGGCGCGAUCAGGACCACCGGCAUACGAUUCGAUCGGGAAACGUGCGACCAUUACGAGCUAAUCGUCGAGGCGAAGAGCCAUCCGCCGGACCGCGAGAAGCCCAGAGUGGCUCACGUGAUAGUGAACGUCACGAUACUCGACAUCAACGACAAUUGUCCAAUGUUCGUUAAUCUGCCGUACUACGCAGUUGUGUCGGUGGACGCCCAGAAGGGUGACGUCAUCACGAAGGUUCACGCGGUGGACAUGGACAGCGGCGACAACGGCGAGGUGCGGUACGAAUUGAAGAAGGGCCACGGCGAGCUCUUCAAGGUGUGCCGGAAAACCGGCGAGAUAUCGCUGAAGCAGAAUCUCGAGGGUCACAAUCGCGAGUAUCAGCUCACGAUCGCCGCGUACGACGGCGGAAUAACGCCUUGCUCCAUUGAGGUGCCAGUCAACGUGAAGGUGAUAGAUCGCUCGAUGCCGGUAUUUGACAAGCAAUUCUACACGGAUAGCGUGCUCGAGAGUAUAGAAGUACAUUCACCUCUGGCGUUAUCCAUUCAAGCUGAGUCACCGUUGAAUCGCAAACUCAUAUACAGCAUUACUAAGGGCAAUGAUUUCGAGGAGUUCGCCCUAGACUUCAACACAGGUGUAAUCUAUGUGGUGGAUGAGCUGGAUUAUGAGCAAAAGAAGCAGUACGAACUGACCGUACGCGCCACCGACAGCGUGUCGGGCGUUUACGCGGAGGUGCUGGUUAGCAUCCUCGUCCUGGACGUGAACGACUGCCCGCCCGAAUUUACGCAGGACUCCUACAACAUCUCGGUGUCGGAAGCUGCGUCGUUCGGGACCUCCGUCCUGCGAGUAAGCUCCAGGGACAACGACACGGGCAUAAAUCAAAAGGUCCGCUACGCCAUCCAAAACGACACGGAGAACAGCACGGAUCUCUUUCACAUUGACCCCGAUGAGGGCGUAAUAUUUCUCAAACGGUCCCUGGACCACGAGACCCGCGAGUCCCAUCAUUUCACAGUGAUCGCUAUGGAUCGCGGUGUGCCCAGUCUAUCAAGCACAGCGCACGUCUGGGUGAGCGUGAUCGACAUGAACGACAACCCGCCGAAAUUCGAGCAACCCUCAUACACCUGCUCGCUCUCAGAACACGCCGAACGCGGCCAAUUCGUGACGGUUGUAUCGGCCAGCGAUCCCGACUACGUUGAUGAGAAGCUGACGUAUACUAUCGUGGGUGGUAACGAGCAACAGACGUACAACAUCGACCAGUCGACCGGCAUCAUCUCUCUCAUAAACAUGCAGAACUUCGGCGAGCAGAAGCUCAGCAUGCUCAACGUCUCCGUUACCGACGGCGUGUACACCAGUUUCGCCCGCGUUAAAAUCGAGAUCCUGCCGGCUAACAGGCACAAUCCCAAGUUCCCGAAUCCGGUGGUCGAGGUGACGGUCUUGGAGAAUCAACUGCCCGGCAGAUUGGUCACCAGCGUGUUAGCCAUAGACGAGGACUUCGGGGAGUACGGCACGGUGAUGUACGCGAUAAUGUCGGAGACGAUGAAGGAGAUGUUCGACAUCAAUAAAUUGACCGGUGAGAUCGUGACGCGCAAGAAGCUCGAUCGGGAGCAGCAGAAGCGAUACGAGAUACCGGUAAUAGCUACGGACGGCGGCGGUAGAUCCGGGUUCGUGAUGGUGCGCGUCAAGGUCGGCGACGAGAACGACAACGUGCCGGCGUUCCUCCUCCGCGAGUACAAAGCGACCAUCCAGAGCAAUCUGUCCUUGAACACGCCGUUCCUGAAAGUCAAGGCGCAAGACGCGGACGAGGACGAGGCUGCCAAGAUCGUCUACUCCAUCUACGAGCCGCAAACGGCGCCCGCCAAAUCCCUGUUUGGCAUCAACUCCGACACGGGGGCUCUCUUCCUGCAGAAGAGCGCGAUGCCGUGGGAAAACCAAUUAUUCGAGCUCUUUAUCCGCGCGGAGGACAAAGGUACAACCACGCAUCACGCAGAUGUACCACUCACCAUCUACAUAAUGGGUCCCCAUGAUAUCCCGCCGCUGUUCGAGCGGAAAGAAGAUAAGUUCUUUAUAAGUGAGGCCUCUCCUAUCGGCACGCCAAUCACGAAACUGAAAACCGUCACUAACAGUACCGUGACGUACCGCAUAAUAUCUGGCGACGAGGAUAACCCGCUCUUCACGAUCGAUUCUCAUGGCCAAAUUACUCUGGCGAAGCCAUUAGACCGAGAAUUGAAAGACAGCCAUUUAAUUGGCGUUCUCGCCGAGACGGAUUCCAGCCCGCCGCUCACGGCUCUCGCCAAGAUAUCACUUCAGGUGCUGGACGAGAAUGAUCAUGCGCCGAAAUUCGAGAGCAACCCGUACGCGAUCAGCUUGGCGGAAAAUAUCGAGGAGGGGACGUCUAUAUUAAAGGUCAUUGCGCAUGAUAAGGAUCUCGGUAGCAACGGCGAAGUUCGUUACUCCUUCGGAUCCGACAUCGGGGAAUUGGCGAACGUAUUUACGGUAGACACUUACACCGGUUGGAUAUCGACACUGGUGCAGCUCGACAAGGAGAAGCAACCAGAGUACAAAUUUCAGGUGGUUGCCACAGAUAAUGGAAAUCCAAAGCAUUUCGCGAGAACGUCGGUGCACGUGAAAUUAAAGGACUACAACGACAACGCGCCCGCGUUCGUCGACGAUCGUUACGAGGCCACGGUGAAUGAGGACGCCCUACCGGGAACGGUCGUGGUGAAAUUGAUCACCGUUGAUAAAGACUCCGACGUCAACACGCCGAUAGAAUUUUACAUAACGUCCGGCGACUCCAGGUCACAAUUUCAAAUCAGAUCCACCGGCGAGGUGUACGUCGCGAAAUCGUUGGACAGAGAGACCAUCGAUCGUUACGAGCUCGAGAUUGUCGGUACCGAUGGAAAAUACGUCUUCGAAACGAGAGUGACGGUGCAAGUUUUGGACGUCAAUGACAAUCCACCGUAUUGUCUCCGAUAUCGUUACCGGGAAGUGCUCUCGGAAGGUUCGCAUCCUGGCGCUUACGUUCUGACCGUGUUGGCCACCGACUACGACGACGAGCCAAACGCCAAGUUACGAUUCUACUUAACCGGUGACAACAACGAGAAGUUUUCGUUGGACAAGGAAACGGGCGUGCUGAAAACCGUCGGGCAAUUGGAUCGGGAGACCCAAGCCAAGUAUUCGCUGACCGCUCACGUGCAGGAUCGUGAUAAACCUAUGUGGGAGUGCUCCUCGCAGCUGGAGAUUCUCAUCUCUGACCUCAAUGACAACGCGCCGAAAUUCACCAUGCAAACUUACAGCAGCACCCUGCCCGAGGACGUGGAAGUCGGCACAUUAGUGACGAAGGUGCACGCUACGGACGACGAUAUCGGCAUCAAUCGGAAGAUCCGGUACGAGUUCAUUGACUCCGCAGACGGCCAUUUCUUCAUCGCGCCGGAUAGCGGGAUAGUCACGCUAGGCAAGCCGUUGGACAGAGAAACGAAGGCUAUGUACAACGUGACUAUCCAGGCGUUGGAUCAAGGCACCCCGCAGCUGAUGGGUGUCGCUUUGCUCAUCGUUAACGUGCAAGACAUCAACGACAAUCCACCGGAGUUCGCUUCCAAGAUGUACUUUUCGAAAGUGCCCGAAAUCUACGCGGUCGGCACCGAGGUGGCCAGAGUCCUCGCCACCUCCAAGGACACGGGGGUGAACGCUGAUAUAUAUUACUCGAUUGUUGGCGGUAACGAACACAAGAAGUUCCAAAUAGACGCUAAAACGGGCGUUGUGACAAUCGCUGAGAUGUUAGACUAUGAGCGAGCUCGUGAUUAUUUCCUCACCAUUCAAGCAGUCGAUGGAGGUGUCCCGCCACUGAGCAAUCACGCCACCGUUAAUAUUACCGUCACCGACAGUAACGAUAACGCGCCUAUCUUCAGCGAAGUUUCGUACAGAGCUCACGUGAGGGAAGACGCAAAGAUCGGGGAGAAAGUUGUGCAGGUUUAUGCGAAUGAUCUGGACAGCGAGGAGAAUGGCAACGUGUCGUAUUACAUAGAACGGGGUGACAGGCAGAAACAGUUCUCCAUUGACAGAAAGACCGGACAGAUAACCGUCGCCGCUCCGUUGGACCGAGAAGAAAUUGCGAACUACGUACUGGAGGUUCACGCACGCGACAGCGGCAUACCGAUGCUCUCGAGCUUCGUGAUGGUGAACAUCGAGAUCAUGGACGCGAACGACAAUCCGCCGAUGUUCUCCUUGCCAAAUUACACUGCAGUUGUGCAGGAGGAUAAGCCGCCCGGCCACACAGUGCUGCAAUUCGUAGUCACCGACGCGGACAUAGAACCGAACGCUGAGCCUUACACCUUCGAUUUUCGCUCCGGGAACGAGGGCGACGCCUUCCGGCUAGAGCAGGACGGUACUCUGCGCACGGCAACGAAAUUUAAUAACAGAGUGAAGGAUAAGUACGUAUUGCACGUCCGGGUGUUCGAUAAUGGCAGCCCACCGUUAUGGUCCGACGCGUGGGUUGUAAUCAAGGUGAUCGAGGAGUCGCAGUACCCGCCGGUAAUUACGCCCCUCGAGGUGAUUAUCAAUUCUUACAUGGACGAGUAUCCCGGCGGCAUUAUCGGGAAAGUCCACGCAACCGACCAAGACCAAUACGAUACGCUUCUCUUCGGCUUGGUGCCGUCCGCGACGAUUCCGAGUAACGAUCUCUUCCAAAUACACGAGGCCGACGGCACGCUAGUGGCUUUGCCUAGGCUCGACGUCGGCGAAUAUAGGGUAAACAUCAGCGUGACGGAUGGCAAGUUCCACUCGUACUCCAUCGUGAAAGUCAACGUUGAUUUGGUGACGGAGAAGAUGCUCGAAAACUCGGUGAUUGUGAGGUUCCGGGAGGUUAGCCCGGAGGAUUUCAUCCUGAGCCACCGCAAGGGCUUCAUCAGGACCGUUCGUAACGCGAUGAAUUGCAGACUCAAAGACAUCGUCAUCAUCAGCGUGCAACCAUCGACUGACGAGGCGAAUCUGAUCAAGUCGCGAGCUGUCCGCCAAGCAGUGCACAACGACCUCGACCUUCUGUUCGCCGUGAGGAAGUCGGCGAAUCCGUCCAGCUUCCACACGUCGGAGACUGUACGCGAAUUAUUGAACCAACAUUUGGAAGAGUUGGAGGAGUCAACGAAGCUGGUGGUCGAGGAAAUCGUCAGGUUUAAGUGUAGCAAAGGCUUCUGUUUCUAUGGUGAAUGUCAGGAUAAGAUCAUUCUCGACCCCAAGCAGAUCACGCCCGUAGCUACGGACGUGAUGAGCUUCGUAUCGUCGCGGCAUAAACACAAGAUAGAAUGCAAUUGCAAAGAGGGAUACGCUGGCACUCACUGCGAAGUGGUGGUCAACGAGUGCGCCCGAGAUCCUUGCCCGUUGUUCAAGGUCUGCGUGCCGGACUCCUCCGUUCAAGGAUACUCCUGCCAGUGUCCGGAGGGAUUUGCCGGCCAGAUCUGCGACAUCGACAUCUCCAAGUGUCACGACGAGUCGUGCUACAUACCGCGAAAUCCCAUAUCUUUCAGCGGCAAAAGCUACGCGCGUUACAAGAUCGACAAGGCGCUGCUACGGCAAACGAUCGAAGACCGUCUGAGCUUGUCCCUUAGGAUCCGAACGGUGCAGCCUACCGGCAAUCUGAUGUACGCGGCCGGCAAAGUGGACUACAACAUCUUGGAAAUAGUCAACGGAGUAAUGCAAUAUAAGUUCGAUCUGGGCAGCGGCGAAGGUUUGGUCAGGGUGAGCAGCGUGUACGUGAGCGACGGACAAUGGCACGAGAUCCAGCUGGAGCGAGAAAGCAAUAACGCUCGUCUGACUGUCGACGGCACGCACAUAGCGCACGGUUCAGCACCCGGUAUCAACGACAUUCUGAAUCUGCAAUCGGAUGAUCUGUACCUGGGUGCCGAGGUGAGGCAACAUCCGUCUAUUAUUGGCUUUGAGGACGUCCAACGUGGCUUUAUCGGCUGCAUGGACGACGUUAGGAUCGCCCGGGUAUCCGUACCGCUGCAUAUGAGCGGUGCUAGCAGCGUGGCGGUCCUCAAGCGUUUCGCCAAUGUCGAGUUCAGCUGCGACACUGCGACCAUUCUGGUGCCACCCGGCAUCUGCGGCUCGCAGCCUUGUCAGAACGGCGGUACUUGCAAGGACUCCGGUGGCGAUAGUUACGAGUGUCAGUGUCACAGCAGGUUCGCCGGUCUGGCUUGCGAGAUCGACACUGAUCCGUGCGCCUCUUCACCCUGCCUGUACGGUGGACGUUGCAAGGUCGUGCCAGAGGGCGGUGAUUACACCUGUGAGUGCGUCGGGCCGAGUCUCAGCGGCAAACGCUGCGAAUUCGGCAGAUACUGCAGCCCCAACCCGUGCAUUCACGGCGGUGUGUGCGAGGAGGGCAACAACGGUCCGAUCUGCAAGUGCCAAGGCUUCACUGGCGAGCGCUGCGAAAUUGACGUGAACGAGUGCGACACGAGCCCCUGCACCAACGGCGGUACCUGCAUCAACGAGAUCGGCACGUACCGGUGUAUCUGCCCGCCAAACAUGACCGGCUUCAAUUGCGGCAAUCCCGCUUACUCCACGCCGAUCAUAUCGAGUCAUUUCAACAUCACUUGGGAGCAGAUGAUGUGGAUAGGUAUCGCGGUGCUACUCAAUGUGUUUGUCAUCAUCAUAUUCGUUGCUUUUCGGCGCAUUCGCCUGAAGCGGACCAGAGCGCGUGCCAACAACAUUAAUAACGAGACACGGAAGCAGAUUGUUUUGAAUUCUGCGAGACCGUCUGAACACGAGUUCAAGCGCAGCUCGAAGCUGAGCAAUCUGGAAGUCAUACAGAGAGAACCUCCCCAAUGCCCUCCCAGACCCGCUUCCUACACUCCCAGCUCCAACAACGAGCCGGCCGCAUACGGUAACUCGGCGGCGGCGGCUCUAAAUAACUUGGACACCCUGCGCAGUUACGGCAGCGCGGGCGACGAGCUAGAGAACUUCCCGCCGGAUUACCUGAGAAACCUAAACCGCAGUACUCCCGUACCACCUCCGUCCUUGACCCUCACUAAUCCGGUCGGCGGGAACGCAACUGGCAGCGACACGGACAGCCUGCACAAACCCACAUGGCAGGAGCAGAUGCAGCUGGCUUCCUUCAUAACCGACACCACCAAGAUCAAGAACGACCUGAAACGAGCGAGCCCAGUGGUACCAGAGCUGACCACUGGAGGACUUCUACUAAACUCCUCUCGACGGCUGCCUCACGCGAUUGGGUCUUCCGUCGCCUCCGUCACGUCCAUCGAGGAUGAUCCUCGCAUCGUUGGCGGGUAUCAUUGGGACUGCUCAGACUGGGUCAGACGAAGUCAGAACCCUUUACCUAACAUCACGGAAGUACCCGGCAGCGAGGUUCCAGACUCGUCCAGCUUCCACAGCAAUGAGAGUAACGAGUCUAAUACUCAUCAGUUACCAUCAAUACACGGCCCAGUAGACCCGACGAGGGACAUCGAGACCCUGAACGAGGAUCAGGAGUCGGAAUACGUCGGCGAUUCCGAAUGCGGGACCGAGUUCUCGGAGCAGUAUCAUUGCGCAGAGACGCAGCGUCUCAACCCUCUCGACAGCGGCGGCGAAGGAGAAUACAAGUACAAGAGCUCCGAGAGCUAUCUUCGGCACCCGAACUCGUACCUACCGCAUUACAACAUUCACACCGACACCGAGAACGAGACGAAUCCGUUGAACGGUCGCCUCAGUACUUUGGAGUCUGACGAAGAGGAGGAGGAAGACGAUGUAGUGCCUUAUGGUUUUCCAAGCACCCGCCGUAACCGAUGCCACAAGGUGGACGAGGUGGACGAGAUCGGCUCCGUCAUCACUACGCUGGAAGAGAGGAACUCGCUACUGGGCGGCGCGACCAGCAACAGCGAUCUCUCCACGAAUCUGUGCGAAAUCGACGAUUCCGAGUACGAGAUCGCGGAGCAGAAGAGCAACGGCCGCCUGUGGCUUUCGGGGAACGGCAUCACGCAGACCUCAGUGUGACAAAUGAUGGUGCCGAAGUUCGAGGAUAGACUGAAACGUGCGAGCGUGUUUCUCUGUGCUUCUAUGAUCGAGACGAGCGGAUGUCUGUGAAUAUGCAAUUUUGUACAUAGGUGUUAUCGCCAUAAGUAGGACAGUCUGUACAGGCAGCUACGAAGUUAAGGGUACCAGUGUGUGAGCCACCGGCGUGGGUCGACGCACGCCGCGCAUACGAUGUAUUAUCACAUCACGGGAAUACAUCACGCCUCAAAUCUCCUCCUACACGGGUAGAGUUCAAGCGUACUUAAUCCUGCGAGCUGUCGUCGCGAAUAGUCGUUGCGUGUCCUGCAAAUCGUGAUAAGCGUUGACGCUUCGAUAUCGGAAGGAACGGGACUUUCAUUUCUAUCUCAUUUAUUUUAGUUAUGUCUUUAUAUUAUCGGGCAUAUCGUACGCGCGUUUUUGUUAUAAUAAUGUAUGUCUCCGAGAUACAGCUACGACGCUCUAUAGCUUAGUAGUAGAAAGACAGGAUAUAUAAGGUUUCCUUAUACACACUUCUACUACCAAGCAACGUUCUCUUUUUUUUCAGUUUGCGAGAUACGAAAGCGCGCCUUCACUAUCCUAUUCGAAAGAGAUCAUAGGAAGUAUAAAUUAUAAUUGUACGUUAAGAGCAACGGCGCCGUAUAUAUAUUGAUACUUUGUUCUCAGUAUUGUUUCAUCUUCGCGACGCGAUAAUGAUUCUGUUUACUCUACCAAGGGGAUGAGGCUUACUAGAGAAAACUAGAUCGUGGAAACUACGAGCACAUGUGUACAUGCAUAAGAAAUUGUCUCGACUAAGGAGGGGGAUUCAUUACUCGAGAAAUGUAAAAGUUAAUCACGACCGCAUCGUCAGACCAAUGACUAUUGUUUAAUGACCUAUCGUUUAAACUUAACGUGUUUAAUAAUCCGCAACUAUAAUUCCAGUGCAAAAGAUACACAUAGGUACAUUUGCGUAUUUUUACUAUUUGCUAACCGACUUUAUUUUGGUUACGUAUAAAAGAAAAAUGAACCGACGGACUACUUAAAUAAUGCAUAAACCGCGUAAAAGGAAAAAAAAGAAGCAGUAGGACUUAGUGCGUAAGUAAAUGGACUCUAGUGAAAGGAAGCAGAGCUCCCGCGUUUAACUAAACGGGGCAGAUGUGUGCGUGGCUACACGCGCGUACGCGCGCGUAUGCGUGCGUCUAUUACAGUUAGGCACAGGUUAAUAGUUAAAAAGAUAUGAAAUAUUUUUACUGUGAUGAUAAUAAUGUUUAUACGAUGAUCAAAUAACUAUGACUUGUAUCAUAACAAUUGCAAUGUUAAUUAUCCAACGUUUUAUAACAGAAAUUUAACAGAAAAAGAAGGAAGAGAAAUGGAAGGGGCGCGACGUCCUCCUCCGCGUAUGCGUAAGCUAAGUCAACGUUCCGUUUAUUUAAUUAACUCUUUGUUUCUUUUUUCCCUUUCUUAUCUUAUCCUUUCUUCAUUCGUCUCAGCCACCAUCGAGUACGACCGGUAAAUCUGUAUACAUGGUGCUAUACUACUUACCAUCACGCUUUAUCAUCUAUCUACUCUUUAAUAAGACUGCUCAGCGGCGCGAGGUAUAUUUCGCUAUUCAUCGUCGCUCCUUCGCCAUCCGCCACUCGCAUCUCAUGUGUAUCAUUCUCAUCGUAUAGAAACAUGUCCAUAUAAUAUAAUGAGGUACUUUUUAAACUGCCAAUUAAUUCUUAAUGCCAUAUAAAACAAUGCAUUUCCUUCGAUUAAUUUUUAUAAACGAGGAGGAUCAAGGAACAAUCUAUUUACACGCUUAAGGUUUUUUACUCUCAUUGUCACUUCCAUUUAGCGUACGUUCGUUAUAAACGGAUAUAUAGCGGCAGCUUAUCUGGGAUGAGGUGUACACACGUUCUUUUUUUAAUUUUCUUUUUACACGUAGAAUUUCGUUGACAAAUCGAAUUUUAUGUUCCUGUUCCGUGAAGGACGCCAGCUAUCCUGUUCCGUAGGAUGCAUUAGUGAAUCGCAUUAAUAAUAAACGCUAAACAGGGUGAUUUUUACGUUGACCAAGAGCAGAAGCCGUCGUCUCUCUCGCCCUUGCAUAAGUUAAAAUCGGCUGUGCUUCUACUUUCUGAAAUCUCGACACUGCGCCAGCGCUGAUACGAUGACACGUUAACGAUACAUUCUACAUUAGAAUGGCGUUAAAGAGGACAUUCUACAGUCGAUCACGCCGGCUGUGUCGAAUUCGGCAUCGAUGAACGGAUAUAAAUAUUUCAGUCAGUGACGAAGCACGGAUAAAUCUUAACGUAUUUAAUUUUAUUUAAAAAUAAAAAAAGAGAAAAAAUAACGAAGCACAUUGGUCGAAGACUGUAAAGUAGGAUGGAUGUGACAGCGGACUUUUUUACAAAUAACGUACGAAUCAUUAGUGACCUUACGAAAAUCACGAUGUUCGUAUUUUAGAAUUUCUUACUGAUGAAUUAACGUAACGUUCAAAGCGAUAAUUAUUAAUUUUUUUUUUAUAGUUACGUAUUUACAGGCAAUCGGAAUUGAUUGAAAGUAUGUAUGAAUGAUUUUUAGAGAUUAAUUUAUAACAAUUUCUCCUAAAUUAUCGCUUUAGGCCUAGUUAAAUGCGAGUUAUAUUGAAAAUGUCGAAAAAAAUUAGAACACAGGAAGAGAGUGAGGAAUAAAUAAUUUUAUAAAAUUAUUUAUUACUCGCCAUUUGCGUACUAUUUGAGAUAACUGUACAAGUUUUUUUCUAACAUAGAUCGUGCGAAGAAAACACGGGAAAUGUGGGUACAAUUUCUAAAUUCGCCAUAACAUCUAGCCCUGCUAAUAGAAUACAUAUCGAUAUCAUGAAAUUUUUCAGAAAAAAAAAAUGAGGAACUUGACUUAUUAUUAUUGUAAGGCUAUAAUUAAUUUGUACAAGAUCAACUUAUUGUAAUAAAGAAACCAAUCUUGCCUAUAAGUUUCACCUCUUUUAUUAACAUCUAUUGAUCUUAUUAUUAUGUAACAAAAAUGGAUUUGUCCAUAUUUUAUAUGAAAUCUUUGGGAACAUACAAAAUGUUCUUUAGUAAUCUAUAAAAACGAAGAGAAGAAAUGUUGAAAUGGAAAAUACAGGGAGAAAAACUGAAUUAUUUCACUUCGAAGUCGCAGAAUGAUACUUACGUUCCACGUUCUCAAACAUCGAUACGACUCUUCUUCUCAUUAAAAUCAAUUAUUAAUAUUUUUGCAACGCUAACGUAAGUAGUUCGUUCAUUGGUGUCAGUAGUAUACGCGGAUCUUCAAUCAGGCCGGCCCCAACCAUGGCACCGUUAAACAACUAAUAAAUAAUUCGACUUAUUAACAAUGUUCCAAUAAAUUUCAUUUACGUACAACUUCAAAACGCUUCAAUAUCUCGCUGACGUACCUGCUGUAUUAGGCGAUCAGCUAAUUCGGCAUCCGUAGUCGUUAACUUACACAACUUUUUGAUGAGUGGAUGAUUCGGAUUAAUUUCAAAAUGCGGCUGAAGAAUGGAGUAACGCAUCUCCUCGUUCAUUUGAUGGCUCUGCGUGCGAAUAAAGUGCCUCGCGCUCGCCAUGUCCUGUACAGUUACAACGCACGGAUGCGAUUCCAAACGAUUUGUCAUCUUAACGUCAUACGCCUUCUUGUUAAGGAUUUUUUUCAUGUAGUUUACAAGACUAUCCAAUUCAUCCUUAUUUAUAAUACCUGUUAGGAAGAUAAAAUAUGAAUAAAAACAUUGUCAAGUUUCUGAAUAA